AUGUCAUUUCGUUUUAAUCCAUUACUACAGAAAACAGAGUCUAUUAGACACCUUUGUAGCAUACUCAGUGAACCGAGGUGGCGAGCAUCCAAUACUAAUAUGCUAGUAAAGAUCAAUGUACUCUCAGACAGUAACCCUCCUGAAGUUGAAAUUUCAUAUGACAAUGGCCAUAUCCUUAUCCUGAAGACAGAAAAUUUAAGCCUUCGAGAGACAGUAGAAAUCAUUAUUGCACAUACGGGGAUCAUUAUGGCAGAAUAG